AUGUUACUUGCAACAGAAGCUUUGUACCCAAAAGACGACAUUGAGAAGCUUCGUACCCAAGCUUCGAGGUUGGAUUUGCAGAUUGAGCCGGAACAGCCCCAACGCCACAAGCAUAUCGGCGGCGAUGUUCUUAGCAGCAACAUCUGGCUGCAGACGCUGCGAUCAAAAUUCAGAAGAGCCCUGGGCAUUCCGGCUUUUCCAAUGAAAAGUUCCCAAUUAAUUCAAAAAAAUCUGGCUCCAGACGUUGCGAUCAUGGAGCAGCAGCAGCCGCCGCCGCCUCCGAGGAAGAUGGUCGCGUCCAAGAAGCUCAUGAAGGUCGGGCCUUGGGGCGGCACCGGGGGCAACCCGUGGGACGACGGCGGGCACACCGGGAUCCGCGGCGUCACCCUGUCGUACGACCACCGCUGCGUCGUCUCCAUCGCCGUGCAGUACGACAGGAGCGGCCUUGCCGUCCCCGGCGAGCGGCACGGCGGCGCCGGAGGCAACCACACCACCCAGAUCAAGCUGAGCUUCCCGGACGAGCACCUGACAGCCGUGAGCGGCCGGUACGGCGCGGUGGCGCCCGGCGGCUCGCCGGUGAUCCGGUCGCUGGCGUUCAGGACGGAGCGCGCGGCGUACGGGCCGUUCGGCGCCGCGGAGGGCACGCCGUUCGAGUUCGCGGUGGAGGGCGGCGUGAUCGUGGGGUUGUGCGGGCGGAGCGGCUGGCAGCUGGACGCCGUCGGGAUGUACGUGACGCCGCUGCGGCCGGAGAAGCUGUAUGAUAAGGUGCAGAAGCUGGGGCUCAUGGCCUACCGCUCGGUCAUGCACCGUCUCGGGCCGGCGCCGGCGCCGCCGCAGGACGAGCUGCCGGAGGCGAGAGUGCAGCAUCAGCAUCAGAACGGCAGUGUGGUUCAGACAAGUCGCAAGAAUUACUAG